UUGUAUCAUAUAGACAUUUUUCAGGUAAGGAACAGUCCCGUCUUAAUCUACCAACCUACUGAUUUUUCAUCUCACGUCCAACAUGGUUCUGCUAUUUUCCACAAAGAAGGAUGUGAAAUAAGAAACUGCAUACUAACUACCUUAGAUAAACACAAAUACACCGCUGAUGUCAUUAUGUUCGAAGAAAACGCAGCAUGGGAGCCACCUUCGCCACGUCCACACAAUCAGUUUUGGAUAAUUAGACUCCUUGAAAGUCCUGAAAACACUAACUCGCUAAACAUCUACAACAACAAAGUUAACGCCACGAUCAGUUAUCGACAAGAUAGUGACUUACGAAUAGGAUAUGGACAAUACAAACCAUUUCUCAUGCCACGGACGUCGGCCCCUUAUUACGCAAAAGGAAAAACGCGUAUGGUCGGUUGGAUUGUUUCAAACUGUUUCACAAAUAAUCAUCGAAUGGACUAUGCCCGACGCCUUGCGCGACAUAUCCAGGUUUGCAUUGAUAGUAGUCUCUCCACCACAUUUUGA